CAGAGUAUGUUACAUCUGGAUCUCCUGGAGGCCACUCCUUAAACACGUCAGUGCUCCAUUUUAAAGCAGAGAGUCGAGGAUCAAGGAUUGUCAGAAAACAGAAUGCAACCUACAAUGAACCAGCCAGACACCAAAUGUGUCUUGGCAAUAUUUGUGGCUGCGUCGAGUACUCUUUGUGUAGCAGCAUGCCCAGAGAACCAUUUCCAAGUUCAAAAAAUGCUGUGCUGCUUGAACUGCCAAUAUGGUGAGUAUGUUGCCCGCAACUGCUCUGAAGGGCCCAGAGGCCACAUUGGUGUGCUAUGUAAUACAUGCCGCAGAUGUGAAGAAAUUGGAGAGGUAACUGUUUCCAAUUGCACACAGUUUUCAGACACACAGUGUGCCAGCAUACACACGCAACAGAUAACCAUGCAUGGUUGCUCAUCUGUGAUAGCCGCUGUUGUCAUUCUGGGUGUGAUUCUGGCAGCCUGCUUCUUUCGCAGAAUCAGUAAAUCUGGUGAAUCUGAUGGAGGCUCUGCAGGAGAACCAUUCCCUAUAUCCGUAUAAAAGAUCCAGAGAGUCUGAAGAAAAUCUUAACUCAGGAUAAAAGGCCAACAUCAAAUACUGUAUAUUAUCAUUCAAAGGGUGAUUAAAAUUAGAAAUACUGCAGUACAUUUUUUAUAUUAUACAAUAUUUGUAAUAUUUAAAAAAAAAAAAGUAAUACAUUUUUACAUUUUAUUUUAAGGACCAAUUCUAAAUGUUAACUAACUAUUCAAGUCAAAUCACCUUUAUUUAUAUAGUGCUUUAUACAAUACAGAUUGUGUCAAAGUAGCUUUACGGCUAAACAGGAAAAAAGUGUAAUGCAAACAAGAUUCAAUACUGCUAUAAAGCAGAUCUAAAACGAGGACAAUAGUAAACAGUAUUAAACUAUUAACUAUUAUUUUUAUUUAUUUUUAUUUAAUUGUAUUUUUUAUUUAAUUUUUUUUAUUUAAUUUUUUUUUUUUUUUGCCUCAAUGUACUCCUAAUUUGCUGCUAGUUAGUAAGGUAGUAAAGUUUUUGUAUAGGGUAGAAUUAAGUGAUCUAAAAUUUUGACAUGCAGAAUAAUGCACUAAUAUGUGCAUUAAGUAGUAAUACACAACUGAUAUGCAUGCUAAUAAACAACUAGUUAAUAGUGAGAAUUGGUCCUUAAAUAUAUAUAGGUGUGUGCACAUCUGUUUAUAUUGAUGUCAUAUUUAGAAAUGUAUCUAUGUUCAAAAAUACCUGCUGCAUGAUGCUGCUUAUCGUUUUUGUUUUAUAUUAUUUUUUAAGAAGAAAAAAAAACAAUUUGGAACGUAUCUAUAGUAUCUAUAGUAUUUUUGUAUCUGAUAUUUGUACUUUAACAACUUAUAUUAUCUUCUGCAAGGAGAAAAACAGACACCUACACCUAUGUAGCACUCUAAAUAUAAAUUUUAUUUGCACUAAUUGGAUGUUGGGAAUUGCAGCUUGUAUUAAUUAUGUUGUCACGAAAUUGCUAAAUGUUUUAAUGGGCUGUUUUUUUUGUUUGAAUUGAACUCUUAAUACAAGUGACUGUGAAUCUACAAUGAAUUAGCCCAAUAUCUUAUGAACAAAAUUUGUUCUCAUGCAGUGUUAGAAUAUCUUAUCUAAAUUGCCUUUUAAAUGUUGAUGACUGAAUUUGAUGACUGCCAAGACAAACAUAAAGUUUACUAUUUUAAGUCA